GUAAACCAAUGACCUGCCAACAGAUUCUCUCUCUCUCUCUCGUUCUCUGGAAGCUCCAUGGCUCCUAUAUAAAUAAAUGGUCAGUACUCAUGGAUGCCUACUUCCAUCAAAACCCACUGUUCAGUUCCCAAAGCAUAUAUAGAGUUUUGUCGGAGUCUUACUCUUGGGAGAGAGAUAGGAUUAUGGCGGAAGGAGGAGCAGCAGCAGCAGCUGCAUCAGAGAAUAAGGAGGAGAGGAGGAUAGUGGUGGCGGUGGACGAGAGCGAGGAGAGCAUGUACGCCCUGACGUGGUGCCUCAAGAACCUCGUCUCCUCCAACUUCAACGACACCCUCUUCCUCGUCUACGCCAACAAUCCCCCGCCUGUCUACACUGCUGUCGAUGGUUCAGUUGGCGUUUCAGGAUAUCUGUUCUCGUCUGAUAUAAUAGCUACGAUGGAGAGGUAUGGCGGUGAGGUGGCCGAAUCGGUGAUGGAGAAGGCUAAGAAGAUCUGCCGAGAUCUCGGCGGCGGCGACGACGACAUUAAGGUGGAGACGAGGGUGGAGAGAGGGGAUGCGAGGGAUGUGAUCUGCAAGAUGGUCGAGAGGUUAAACGCUGAUAUCCUUGUGAUGGGCAGCCAUGGUUAUGGCCUUAUCAAGAGGGCAUUCCUUGGGAGUGUGAGCAACCACUGUGCACAGAACGUCAAGUCCCCCGUCAUGAUUGUCAAGAAACCUAAAUAAUCAGUCCCAUCUUAUCUUCCCCCUUCCCUGCCAUUGACAGUCGACACAAACACACCACUCUUGGCUUCGCAUCUUCUCCUGCUCGGUUUUCACUUUGGCUGUCUAAUGAUGUAAAUAAAGUUUGCCUUGUAGCAACUUCAGAGUUCCUUGUUGAGCUUUGGUCAGUUUGCCUUGUAGCGACUUGGAAUUCCUUGUUGACGAGCAUUGGUCAAUUUCAUCUUUUCUUUGUGUGUAUA